CUCAGCCCCACCUAGCAACCAUAUCAAAACAUCUAAACACAUGUGCACUCCUCAAUCUCAAUUCAAGCCUUAUCCAUCUUAAAAAUACAAAGUCGGAACGGAUAACUGAAAUACCAUACUCCCAUCUCGAAUAAAUAUAACAACGCCAAUACACAACAUCGUGACCAUGGCGUACAACCCGCGAAUGUCGAUAAUACCGACAUCGCAAACAACAUCGCGCACGCGCAAAAAGGAGGAGGAAGCAGAUGCCUUCAUGCGACUACCAGACAAGGAGAUAGUCGGUUGCAUAACAGAUAUCGGCAUACCCUUCAACGUCGCAGACCUGCAGAAGCCGAACCCUUUACAAGUGCAAAUGAUAUUCGAAUGGUUCGCCGAACUGCUACUAAAUGCCACCCGCGAAACCGUCGAGCCUGCCAUGCGCGCAGCCGCUGAGGAAGUCUGCGGCGAGUUCGCCGACGUCGUUCCCGCCGACACCCGCAACCUCCUGGGAUUCUACGUGUCGCUGCGCAAGCUACUGCUCGAAUGUGGUGUCACCGACUUCAACUUCAGUGAUCUCUACAAGCCCACGCACCCGCGGCUUGUUAAAAUAUUUAGCUACCUGAUCAACUUUGUCCGAUUUCGCGAAAGCCAGACCAACGUCAUCGAUGAGCAUUUUAACAAGGCCGAACAGACCAAAGCGCGGAUCGAGACCCUCUACGGCGAGAACCAGGACAUGGAGGCCAGGUUAGACGAGAUGCGGCACAACCGCAAGGCUAUGGAGGCCCAGGUACGCGAGAAGACAGAGCGGAAUGAAGAACUGAAGAAGACGCUGCUAGAGCUACGACGUAACCAAGAGAAAGUCGCGAUGCGAUUAGAGGAAGCCAAAGCAAAGAAAGGGGAACUGGCGCAGAGACUCGAGCAAAAGACAACCGAGAAGAUGAUGCUCAGACAGGAAAGCGCCAAACUGCGCCCGUACACCCUACAAAGUCCACAAGCUUUACAAACGAGCUUGUCAGAGCUGAACAACACCCUGAACGCGGACAAGGCGCAUAUCGAUUCCCUGGACAGACGAGCAAGAGCAUUACAGACGUCAACAGAUUCCUUCGGCGUCGUGUCCACGGACGUCGCGUCAUGCAUCAAGCUCCUCGACGAGAUAUCGACAGAACUAGCCAAAGAGGAGGAGGAAAACGCUCGAAACGCAAAGCAACGAGACGCUCUCUCAGAACGCGGUAACAACGUAAAAGAAGUGGAGAGAAUGGAGGGCCUUUUGCAGAGGCAGCUGGGCAAAUGGAACGAGCGCACGGAGAAGCUCCUCGAACACAGUCGAGAAAAGGACCGGGAGGCCAAGGAGAAGAUGGAGGAGCUCCGGGCAUUGCACAAGAAGCUUACCGAGGAGCGCGGUGCGAAGGGUACGGAGAUAGAGAGAAGGCGAAUUCGGAUCGAGCAAACGGAGAAAAAGAUGUUGGAUCUUAAGGAGAACAUUGAGAAUGAGGUCCGCAACGCUUACGACGAGUACCUGAAGAUGGAAUCGCACAUCAAACUGUACAUUACAGAGAUGGAGCAGGCUAUCUAAUUGUUACUCAUCUCCUUUUCCUACCUAUCUAUUAUCUGCGUAAGUGACGAGACCACGAAAGGAUAUGCUACGGCUGGCGUUAGGCGAUCAGACAUGGUCGACCAGG